GAUAAGGAAGGAGAUGGCGGACUAAGAGGCAGCCCUACCAUUGCUACUGAAUAGGCGAGAUUCUUUUUACUCACCACAUCUUCACAGUUUAAGUUGGAGGAGGACGUUUCAAACAUUUUGCUCCUCUUCCACAAUGGCAGAACAAAACGGCAACGUUAGAUAUCAAGAGCUGGUGAAUGAGGAGGAACCGUCCCUGCCAUCACAGGAGGGUCCUGCCCUGGACGCACCGCCACCAUACAGCAGCAUUGCUGCAGCAAAUGCAGCUUUCUUUGAAUACAAGGAAGAUGGAGGAAGAUUUCCUAAUCCUCCAUCCUACAGUGUUGCCACCACUCUGCCCUCCUAUGAUGAAGCUGAGAGAAGCAAAGAAGAAGCCGUCAUCCCCCUGGUCGCUGGAAGAGUCACGGAGGACGACUUUGUGGCCAGGGAUGACUUUGAAGACGCUGACCAGCUGCGAAUUGGAAAUGACGGCAUCUUCAUGCUCACUUUCUUCAUGGCAUUCCUCUUCAACUGGAUCGGCUUCUUCUUGUCGUUCUGUUUGACCACAUCAGCCGCCGGUCGAUAUGGGGCCAUCUCUGGCUUUGGUCUGUCCCUCAUCAAAUGGGUUCUCAUUGUCAGGUUUUCCACCUACUUCCCUGGUUACUUUGAUGGACAGUAUUGGUUGUGGUGGGUGUUUCUGGCCGUAGGCUUCAUGCUGUUCAUCCGAGGCAUUGUUAACUACUCUCGAGUGCGUAAGAUGGCUGAUCCCACCUAUGCCACUCUUCCCCGAACGAGGGUGCUCUUCAUCUAUUAGAGGAUAUCGGAUGUGGCAGAACUGGAUGUGACCAACACAAGCAGUAACUCUGUGAAGACUUUCAAAUUUGACGUGAAGGCACUUAACCAGAAGUCAGCCAGACCAAUUCUAGAUGAAGACGUCAAUAAGAUAUUCAGGAAAUAUAUCACUUGUUUUAUUUUGAAACUUUAUUAAUGGAAAAUGGUUAACUAAUAUUCCCUUGAUGUACUCAUUAGUGGCGAAUGUGAAGUGCUAUUUACAUCUGUCUAUAUUGUAUAAGUAUUGCCUUAUAUCAUUUGAUGGUAGUGUACGAGCAUGCAUCUGCCCUUAAGGUCAAUACAUAGGGAGCGUCUCAUGUUGGUGACACGAAGCCAACAGGAGUCAAUACGACAGGUAGGUUUGCUUCAGCAUGCAACACUCUUUGUAAUCUGCACUAAUCAUAGUUUUAUCGUGACUACUAUAGGCUGUUUAGAUACCACAUACACUUAAAAAGCAAGCUUACAUUGGGCUGUAAAUGCUCUUCUACCACAUCUUUCACUCACCUGUUGGCUUUAAGUAGUGUUGCCCUUUCUUUUUUUCCAAAAGGGGGCAGUGUUUGCUGCUUUUAUCUUGUGAGAACCGUUCUUAAGGCCACGGUCCUAUUAAAACAAACCAUGCUUGUGAAUCAAACAGUGUCGGUAGAGCACAUUAAAAUGACAUUCAUGUAUCAGAAAUUGUGAAUUUCCUGUUUAGAUAUUUUGUUGUACAUUAAAUCAGGUAAACUACCAUCUCAUGAAAUGUAAAAUAGGUUACAAAUAUGAUUUUAGAGAAUCCUGUGUGAGUUUCUCAUAAUGAACCAGCCAGAAACCAGAUGGCCACAAGUGAGAAACGUGGCAGCGUUUUUGGACAGUGACCUCAUCAACCAACAGGAUUUGUUUCUAGGCGUCUGAGCACAUGUUCUGGUUCAUGUCCUCAAAAAGCUCCGUUAGAUGUAACCGCCUGACCUUUCCAUGAGUCAUUCAUUGUCAGAGGAAAAGCUCUGUGACUCGGCUGUUUCUGCUGUUAAUGAUCUCACGCAGACAUUUGGAUCAAAUUAUCUUAAGAGUAUAAUAUUAACUAAAAUUCCAUUUUUGGGCAGGUCUGUGCUUUGAGAUUUAAUUGACAGGCGGGAAAGGGAUCUUUGUUUUGCUUGAACAUUAUUAAUAAGGUGUUAGCUAUGUUGUGGGAAUUAAAACUAUAUCAAAGAAUGUUGCAUGCGGGUGCACAUUUAGAAACAUAGCCAUUAAAACCCAGAGGACGAUCAUCGUUCGAAGUCAGACAUAAAACAAGGAGCGACUGACGCAGUGGUUUCUGUUUCUAUUGUGGAGGAAACGUUAUGUCAGGAUUAUACAGUUUUUCAGGAUUUAACAAAUAUCAAUGGAAGGAGUUCAUGUGGAAUUUAGUCUUUUGCCUAAUCGGUUAACUUCAUUCUCCUGCCAUGGCUUUGAUAAACACCCAUUAUGCUUAUUUCUGUGAUGUAGAGCUACAACCUUGAGGUUUUGUGGUUAAGAAGCUGUACAGAAAACAUUUAGUGUUAAAUAAAUGUCACUUUUAAUGUU